GGAGAGUGAAGAAACAACAGCCGCCAUUUUGUUUGUGUGUGAGCGACUAAGGGGAGGGAGCGAACGGGAGAGCCCGAGCUGGGUGGGCAAAGCCGAGGAAGGGGGAAAGCAGCGCGAGAGACCCAGAGCAACUCAGGGCUCCUGGCCGGCCAGACCCGAGAGAGCCCGAAAACUGCGUGCUGCACCCACCACCAGCCUCGCAGCCAGGAGGGGAGGGGAGUCCGUCCUCCCGGCUUUGGCUAGUGACUCGGGACCCCGGGUGGACCCCACCCACGGCCCCCCUUGGCUUCUGAGGCCGUCCGCGGGGCGAGGAGGCCGACUCGGAGGGCGCUCUGCGGCCACCCCCACCCCCCGCCGGUCCUCCAUGGCGGACCUGAGACGGAGCCGCGACAGAAGCGCCUGAGGCACCGCGUCUCCGGUUUCGAGGAGAGCCUUCUCUCCGCAGCCCCAGCGCUCGCAACCAUCCCUGUUCCCCGGGGAGGGGGGAGAGGGGGAGGGGCUGCCGUUUCCUCCUCCUGUGCUGGGAUCGAUCCCUCCGCCUGACCAGAAGGGGGGCACCCUGCCUGCUACGGAGAAAGAAAGGAAGGGGGGGGUGUCGAGCCCUGAAGCCCACCCACCUCAGCCCCCGUCCCAGGAUUCGCGCUGCCUCCAUCGGGACAACAAUCCCUCCUCCUCCUCCUCCUCUUCGUUCCUGCACAACAAGAUGUGAAGCGGAGACUCCUGGGAUUUAGCUUCAUCCUCAUCCUUACGGCUCCCCUUUCUGCAGCCAUUAGUGACUGGCGAGAAAAGCGCAGGGGGAGUUGGGGACCCUCGACGCGCUCCUCCUGACCCCCUUCCCCAGCCCCCCUUUUCAUUAGCAGUGGGCAUUUUCUCUCUCCCUUUGCAGGCUGGUUUUGGAAAGAGUGGGGAAGAAACUGGUCAGCGGAGGAGAGCGAUUCUUUCUCCUUUUUGCUCCUCUCCUCCUUCGCCCGCCUCCUUGUGGCGAUGAGGAGGAGGAGGACGACGCCGAGGAGGAAGAGGUUGAUGGCGGCGGCGAAGAGGCAGCAGCAGCAGGAGGAGGAGAAGACGACGACCCCCCGGAGGAUGAAAAUGGUGGUGUUGGCAGUGACGAGGAAGCACCAACAGCAGAACAGCCGGAUUUAAUUUGAUUUAUAAAUCCACGAGCCCUCUUAAUUAUUCUUGGGAAAGGGCUUGAUUUGUUCUCGUCCCGAUUUCUCCCCCGGCCCGGAGGAAAGACUGUUUCCACACCCUGUUUUCUAUCUGUGUUCCCCCUUAAUCGCUGCUACCCAACGGAGACCGAUCCCAACAGGCAGAAAAAGAGGAACUUUGGCGCUUUCUUGCUCAGCUCCUUUUCUCCUUACUGUUAUUCAGCUGACUCCGGAUUCAAGGAGGAGGUGACGGUAUUGGGGGUCCCCAUCUUCUGUUUGGGCUCUGUUUGUCUAAAAAGAAUUAAAAAUGGCCGAGAAUGUGGUGGAGUCGGGCCCGCCUUCAGCCAAGAGGCCUAAACUCUCCUCACCGGCGCUCUCUGUCUCUGCAAGUGAUGGCACAGGUCAUAUAAUGGGAAUGAUGAACAAUCCCAGUCCUUAUGUCCCGCCAUAUAGCCAAAACACUGGGCAACCGAUUGGAGCCACUGGACUUGGUCCUCAGAUGCAGAAUAAGCCUGUGCUACCUAACAGUUUACCCCAAUUUCCUAUGGAUAAGAAGCCAGUGCCUGGUCCAGUAAUGCCUAACAUGGGUCAACAGCAAACUCCCCCAGUUCAACAGACUGGGAUGGUGUCAACUGCCCCCCAGGGCAUGGGAUCAGGAACACCUACUGCAGACCCAGAAAAGCGCAAACUCAUUCAACAGCAACUUGUUCUCCUCUUACAUGCUCACAAAUGUCAGCGGAGGGAACAAGCAAAUGGCGAGGUGCGACAAUGUAACCUUCCUCACUGUCGUACCAUGAAGAAUGUUCUCAACCAUAUGACACAUUGUCAGGCAGGAAAAUCCUGCCAGGUGGCUCACUGUGCAUCUUCUCGACAAAUCAUAUCUCACUGGAAGAACUGUACACGGCAUGAUUGUCCUGUGUGUCUCCCUCUAAAGAAUGCUGGAGACAAAAGAAAUCAACAAUCAUUAUUAGGUGGUGCUGCAGUAGGACUUGGAAAUUCUGGUUCUGUAGGGGUGGGACAGCAGACAACACCCAACAUUAACACUACCAGCCAGAUUGACCCCAGCUCUAUUGAGAGAGCCUACGCAGCCCUUGGAUUGACAUAUCAAGGGAACCAGAUGCAGACGCAGCCACAGGCUCAAGUGAAGAGCCAGCAGCAAGGACAGUCACCACAGGGACUCCGACCCAUGAAUCCCACAAAUGCUAAUCCCAUGGGAGUGAAUGGAGGUGUUGGGGUCCAGGCCCAGAGUCUGCUUCCUGAUUCCAUGUUACAUUCAGCCAUGAAUUCACAGAAUCCCAUGAUGAAUGAAAAUGCUAAUGUUGCCAGUCUGGGGGCCAUGCCAACAGCAACACAUCCAUCUGGCAUUGGAAUUCGGAAACCAUGGCAUGAAGAUAUUACUCAGGACCUCCGAAAUCAUCUUGUUCAUAAACUAGUGCAAGCCAUAUUUCCAACACCUGACCCUGCAGCGCUAAAGGAUAGGCGCAUGGCUAAUCUCGUCUCCUAUGCUCGGAAAGUAGAAGGGGACAUGUAUGAAUCGGCAAAUAGUAGGGCAGAGUAUUAUCACUUAUUAGCAGAGAAGAUUUAUAAGAUCCAGAAGGAACUAGAGGAAAAGAGGAGAACCAGAUUGCAGAGACAAAAUAUGAUACCAAAUCCCCCUGGAAUGCCACCAGCUCCCAUGAAUCAAGGACCUGUGGGGCAGCCGCAACCUGGGAUGACAGCAAAUGGUCCUCUCCCUGAUCCAAAUAUGAUUCGUGCCAGUGUGCCAAACCAAAUGGUGAAUCGUAUGCCUACACCACCAGGAAUCAAUCAGUUUGGCCCAAUGAACAUGCAGAUGCCAUCAGUUGGACCCCGGCAAGCUCCUCCGCUUCAGCACCCUGGACAGCUAAGCCAGACAGGGACCAUGAGCCAGAUGGGAUUUCCCCCACGUAUGCAACAGCCAGGUGUUGGACAGCCUUCCAAUCAAAAUCAGUUCCUACAGCAGAACCAGUUUCCAGCAUUAUCCCCAGGAAUGAGUGCCGCAAGCACGCCUAUGUCUCAGCCUGGCAAUCAGACGCCAACUUCUCAAGCACAAAUGACAAGCUCUUCCUGUCCUGUGAACUCUCCAGUGGUGGCUUCAGGUUCUCAAGGGGGUCAUGUUCACUGCCCCCCUAUUCCACAGCCCCCUUUGCAUCGAAAUUCUCCUUCUCCUGUACCAAGUCGUACUCCCACCCCUCAUCAUACACCUCCGGGUCUGGUAUCUCAGCAGCAGCAGCAGCAGCAGCAGCAGCCACCAGCGCCACCACAGGCAACACUCACCACUGCUCCAGCCAGUGUUCCCCAAGCAAUGCCACCUGCUCCACAGGCACAAGCUAUGCAUCCUCCUCAGAGGCAGACUCCAACCCCUCCACAGGCUCAGCUGACUCCACAAGUGCAGCCUCCAGUUUCAGUUACCCCUUCAGCAGAACAGCAACUGCCACAGCAGCCUCUCUCACAGCAGAGCACGACUGCAUCUGUGCCCACCCCGACAGCACCACUGCAGCCUCAGCAUCCUUCAACACCUCUUUCACAGCCAGGGGUAAGCAUAGAUGGGCAGGUAUCGAACCCACCAUCCACCAGCAGCGCAGAUGUGAACUCUCAGCAGGCUGCUCCUGAGCAGCAGCAGCAACCUUUGCCUGAAAUUAAAAUGGAGGUUAAAAUGGAAGAAGAGGAGUCAGAACAAACAGACCUUCCAAUGGAAGAGAAACCAGAGGUUAAAGUAGAGUCCAUGUCAGAAGAAUGUAAAUCUGAACCAGCCGAGCAAGAGGAAAAGAAACCAGAAAUGAAAUCAGAAAUGAAGGAGGAGGAAGAAAGACCGAGUACUCCUGGUACCCAGUCUUCACCAGCUUCUGGACAGUCAAAGAGGAAAAUUUUCAAGCCAGAGGAAUUGGGGCGAAGGCACUUAUGUCUGCCAACUUUGGAAGGCAUCUUACGAUCACAGGGAUCCAGAGUCCCUUCCCCUCCGACAGACCAGUGGAUCCCCAACUACUUGGAAUUCCUGAAAAAUGAUACACUGGACCCUGAACAAUUUGUUGAAUGUAUGAAAGAAUGUGGAAAAAAUGCAUCAGAUUUGUGUAAUUUCCACAAUGAGAUAAUCUGGCCUCUGGGUGACUUUGUCUGUGACGGUUGCCUCAAGAAAACAGGACGAACUAGGAGAGAGAAUAGAUUCUCUGCUAGAAGGUUACCAACCACAAGGCUUGGUACUUUCUUGGAAAACAGAGUGAAUGAUUUCCUGAGAAGACAGAAUCACCCUGAGUCGGGUGAAGUAAUUGUUAGAGUUGUUCAUACUUCAGAGAAAACUGUAGAAGUUAAACCAGGAAUGAAAGCAAGAUUUGUAGAUAGUGGAGAGAUGGCAAGAACAGUUCCCAUAUCUACAAAAGCCCUUUUGCUUCUUUGGAGGAAAUUGGACGGUGUAGAUUUGUGCUUUUUUGGUAUGCAUGUUCAAGAAUAUGGGUCAGAUUGCCCACAACCCAACCAGAGGCUGGUAUACAUAUCGCAUCUUUGACAGUGUUCAUUUUCACCUAAAUGUUUGAGGACUGCCGUGUAUCACGAAAUACUAAUAGGAUACCUAGAGUAUGUCAAGAAGUUGGGGUAAAUAUGGCCAACUGGACACAUCUGGGCCUGCCCACCCAGUGAAGGAGAUGACUAUAUUUUCCAUUGCCAUCCUCCUGAUCAGAAGAUACCCAAGCCCAAACGACUGCAAGAGUGGUACAAAAGAUGCUGGAUAAAUCAGUGUCUGAGCCGCAUAGUCCAUGAUUACAAGGAUAUUUUUAAGCAGGCAACAGAAGACCGCUUAACAAGUGCAAAAGAGCUGCCUUAUUUUGAAGGAGACUUCUGGCCCAAUGUUCUAGAGGAGAGCAUUAAGGAGCUGGAACAGGAAGAGGAAGAGCUGAAGAGAGAAGAAAACACUAGCAAUGAGAGCACUGAUGUGAGCAAAGGAGAUAGUAAAAAUGCCAAAAAGAAGAACAACAAGAAGACGAGUAAAAACAAGAGCAGCUUGAGCCGCGGUAAUAAGAAGAAGCCUGGAAUGCCCAAUGUCUCCAAUGACCUCUCCCAGAAACUGUAUGCCACUAUGGAGAAGCACAAGGAGGUAUUCUUUGUUAUCCGUCUCAUCGCUGGUCCUUCAGCCAAUUCCCUGCCUCCUAUCAUUGAACCUGAUCCACUCAUUCCAUGUGAUUUGAUGGAUGGGCGCGACGCCUUCCUCACGCUUGCUAGAGACAAACAUCUUGAGUUUUCCUCACUGCGAAGGGCAAUGUGGUCAACCAUGUGCAUGCUGGUGGAGCUGCAUACUCAGAGCCAGGACCGUUUUGUUUAUACCUGCAAUGAGUGCAAGCACCACGUGGAGACAAGAUGGCACUGCACUGUCUGUGAGGAUUAUGACCUGUGCAUCACCUGCUAUAACACUAAAAACCAUGAACACAAGAUGGAGAAACUGGGCCUUGGUAUUGAUGAUGAGAGCAACAACCAACAGUCAGCCACCACUCAGAGUCCUGGUGAUUCACGUCGCCUGAGCAUCCAGCGCUGCAUCCAGUCUUUGGUCCAUGCCUGCCAGUGUCGCAACGCCAACUGUUCACUGCCGUCCUGUCAGAAGAUGAAGAGGGUGGUCCAGCACACCAAAGGCUGCAAGCGCAAAACCAACGGAGGGUGCCCCAUCUGCAAGCAGCUCAUUGCUCUUUGCUGCUACCAUGCUAAGCACUGCCAGGAGAACAAGUGCCCAGUGCCCUUUUGCCUCAACAUCAAACACAAGCUCCGUCAGCAGCAGCUUCAGCAUCGCCUGCAGCAGGCCCAGAUGCUCCGAAGGAGAAUGGCAAGCAUGCAGAGGACCGGCAUAGUAGGCCAGCAGACAGGGUUGCCCUCCCCCACACCCGCCACACCUACUACUCCAACAGGCCCACAGACACCAACUUCUCAGACUGCACAGCUGCAGCCUCAAACCCAGGCUGUCUCACAGCCGCAGCCUACACUUCCCAAUACGAUUCCUUCAUAUAGUGUGUCACGAAACCAGGCUUCUGGUUCUGUGUCCCAAGGCAAGGCAGGUGGCCAGAUAACUCCUCCGACGACUCCCCAGACUGCUCAGCCAUCUAUCCAGGGUCCUCCUCCAGCUGCAGUGGAAAUAGCCAUGCAGAUCCAGCGAGUAGCCGAUCACCAGCGGCAGAUGGCUCAUGUUCCCAUUUUUCAGAGGCCAAUUCAACACCAGAUACCCCAGAUAAAUCCAAUGCAGCCUAUUGGUGUAACCCCCCCUCAGAUGGCUAGAGGUCCCGGUGGCCACAUAGAUCAAGGGAUAGGACCAACAGGAAUUCAGCAGCAGCCAGCAUGGGCCCAGGGAGGGUUGCCCCAACCUCCACAGAUGCAGCCAGGAAUGCAAAGACCACCCAUGAUGUCAGUGGCCCAGCCAGGACAGCCCAUGAAUAUGUCUCCACAGCCAGGGAUGGGUCAGGUGCCAGGUGCACCUCAGCCAAGACGAAGUUCUCUGCCCCAGGCAGCCUUACAAAAUCUGCUGCGGACUCUCAGGUCUCCCAGCUCUCCCAUGCAGCAGCAGCAGGUGCUUAACAUCCUGCACUCCAACCCUCAGCUGUUAGCUGCCUUCAUCAAGGAGCGGGUCAAGCAUCAAGCAGGGCUACAGCAGCAGCAGCAGCAACAGGCAGCAAUGCCAGGGCAGCAAGGGGUGCACCCAAAUCCAGCCAUGCAGAACAUGAAUCCGAUGCAGGCUGGAGUCCAGCGGCCCAGCAUGCCCCAGCAGUCACCCCCGCAGCAGCCUCCACCUCAGCAGGCUAUGGGCGGGAUGAAUCCUCAGGCACAGCCGAUGAACAUGAAUCACUCGGGAAUGACUCCCCAGUUCCGAGAACUGUUGAGACGACAGCAGAUGCUUGAACGCCAGCAGCAGCUGCAGCAGCAACAGCAACAAGUAGCAGGACCAGGGCUGGGGCCAGGCAUGGCCAACCAUAACCAGUUCCAACAGCCCCAGGGAGUCGGGUACCCCCAGCAGCAGCAGCAGCGGAUGCAGCAUCACAUGCAGCAGAUGCAACAAGGAAAUAUGGGACAAAUGAGCCAGCUUCCACAAGCAAUGAGCACAGACACAGGAGCAACCUUGCAGCAGGCCUUCCAGCAGAGGCUACUCCAGCAGCAGAUGGGAUCACCAGCUCAGCCGAAUCCCAUGAGCCCCCAGCAACACAUGCUCCCUAGCCAGGCCCAGUCUCCACACUUACAAGGCCAGCAGAUUCCAUCGUCACUCGCCAAUCAAGUGCGCUCUCCACAGCCGGUCCCUUCACCCCGGCCCCAGUCCCAGCCUCCUCACUCUAGCCCUUCUCCUAGGAUGCAGCCUCAACCUUCUCCACAUCAUGUCUCCCCACAGACCAGCUCCCCACAUCCAGGACUGGUAGCUGCCCAGGCGAACCCCAUGGAUCAAGGGCACUUUGCCAGCCCGGACCAGAGUGCAAUGCUUUCUCAGCUUGCUAGUAAUCCAGGCAUGGCUGGCCUCCAUGGUGCAAGUGCCACAGAACUGGGGCUCAGCUCAGAUAAUUCAGACUUGAAUUCAAACCUUUCACAGAGUACACUAGACAUACACUAAGACACAUUGUAGCAUUUUGGGAGCAAAAAAAAGAACUUAUUUUCUCAAGACUUUUUGUACUGAAGACAAUUUUUUUGAAUAUUUCUUAGCAGAAGUAACAAUUUUCCCUGGAACACAUCUGAACUCUGCAGCAGUAGUGUUUGGUUUUAAACACAAGAAACCAAUAAAAUGAACCUGAGGGACAAUACAAUACAAAGAAAAUAUAUUUUUGUUAUGGCUGGAAUCCUAACCAGUCCUUAUCCCCUCGCCCUUGUUUUUGUUUUCCCUUUGUGUGCGUUGAGGAGGUUCUUGGAAGGGGGGUAGUUAUUUGGCUGCUGACCAAAUGGCUCUCUUCUCUUGCCUCCAAUAGGUUUUAUUUUUUUUUAAAUUAAUGAAAAUAUGUAAUAUUGAUAGUUAUUUACUGAGGCAGAUGGUUAACAUUUUCCCUAUUCUGUUUUUUUCCACACAUCUACUGCAAAAAAAAAAAGAAAAGAAAAAAAAACAGGAGAACAUUUCCUAAAACUGGAGGACAAAAAGGGUGAAUGUUGCUUUAAAAAUACAGUGCAUAUAUAUAAAUAUAUAUUAAAGAUAAAUACCAAUUUUUCCUCUUUGGUUGGAAAGAUGUCAAUUCUUUUAAAAUUGUAAAAAAUUAAGUAACCCAGUCUCCUUCCCGAAGUCUACUUUUGUCCUCCAAGAAUUUUCUAUACCAGAGUCUGAGCUUAAACUUCAAGUAUUAAAAAUUUGUACAUGUAGAGAGAAGACAUUUUGCAAAUACACAGGGCAGCUGCCAAAUGGAUGUAGUAUAUAUAUUGUGGUUUGUUUUCUUGAAAGAAUUUUUUUGUUAUUUUUACAUCUAACAAAGGAAAAAAAUAAAGAGGGUAAGAAACUAUUCCAAGGGUAUAAAUUUUAACCUGAGAGAGAAUCCCUGGGGUUUCUUCUUUACGCUUGCUUUCUCUUUCCCUCCCUCCCUCCCCUUUUCUUCCUCUUCCAUUUUCUGUAAAACUUGAAAAUAGAAAGCAAAAAACCCUCAAAUGUUGUAAAUCAUGCAAUUAAAGUUGAUUACUUAUAAAUAUGAACUUUCGAUCACUGUAUAGACUGUUAAAAUUGAUUUCUUAUUACCUAUUGUUAAAUAAACUGUGUGAGACAGA